CGAGUCCCUACAUUCAUAAACAUCCUUCAUAUUUAAACCGACGUUCUGUCGUCUGUGAUUUUCAUACCUAACAAAGAGUCAUCUUAAAUUUUGUAGACAGGGUUCAGGUUCGAAUCUCGGCUGCUUUGUUUCUUUCCCAUUCAUUUUUCAGCCGGGCUACAGCCGUAGAACAACGAGCAUUUUAGCCAAAACUUAAAAAAAUUGCCCUGUUUAGUGGCGUUUGUACAUUUUCAACGUGCUUGUAUGCUGUGUCCCCAAUUUUUAGCACUCGCGAUAGGUGUUUGGCUUUGGAAAUGGUUAACGCCGUGGCUGCCAAGGUUGAAGGAGAUGCAGAUUCACCAAUAUCUGUAUUGGAAGAUGAGGGAAGAUCUGAAAGUGAUCUGAGAAUUGAUUUGGAGGAUAAUGAAUCCCCGUGUGAUGGGGAAGUAUUGCUGGUUCCAGAAGAUCUAGCAAUAGAAGAGAAACGUUUAGAGGAAGAACGAGCAAAACGAGAGGACAAUGAUAAACAAACAAAAAAUGGAACUCAACACAUUGGUGAUUUGGUCUUUAGCAGAUUGGAGGCACUUCUUAACCAGACUCAGCUUUAUUCAGAGUUUUUGCUUGAGCAAAUGGAAGAUGCUAAAUUUGGUUCAAGUGAGAAUGCUGAUGCAAAUGAUCCCAAACCUGAGGUUAGAGGUGUUGGUAGGGGUCGCAAGAGAAGAGGGGCUGCUUCUAAUGGGAAUGGCGGUAGAGGCCGAAAGAAAGCGACAAUGUCUAAUGCAGCAAAGGAAAAGGCAAAAGAUGCAGUUCAGGUCAUGCUAGAAAAUUGUAAAGAAGAUGCCCAAGAUAAUGAUUCUGAUGAUUUAAAAGAGGAGGAGAGGAACUGGAAAGAACAAAUGAAUCUUGUUCCUCUAUUGACCGGAGGAAGGCUAAAGUCUUAUCAGAUUAAGGGAGUAAAGUGGUUAAUUUCUCUGUGGCAAAAUGGGCUCAGUGGAAUACUUGCAGAUCAAAUGGGUCUAGGAAAGACAGUGCAGACUAUUGGUGUACUUGCUCACUUGAAGGGAAAGGACAUGCAUGGUCCUUUUCUAGUGAUUGCUCCCCUCACUACUCUCUCAAAUUGGGUGAAUGAAAUUACUAGAUUUGUACCAAGCAUGAAUGCUCUCCUAUAUCACGGAUCAAAAAUUGAGCGUGACGAGUUGAGGAGGAAGCACAUGUCAGGAGAAGUUGGUCCAGAUUUUCCAGUUAUUGUCACAUCAUAUGAGGUUGCAAUGAACGAUGUAAAGGCACUUGUUCGCUACAAGUGGAAAUAUCUAGUUGUUGAUGAGGGACACCGAUUGAAGAACUUUGAAUGCAAAUUACUGAGAGAAUUGAAACAGUUAGAUGUUGAUAAUAAGGUUCUUUUGACUGGAACACCUCUACAGAAUAAUUUGGCUGAACUUUGGUCGUUGCUGAAUUUCAUUUUGCCUGAUGUAUUUACUUCACGCCAGGAAUUUGAAUCUUGGUUUGAUCUUGGAGGGAGACAGAGCAAUGGGAUGGGUGAGGAGGAAGAAGAUGAGAAAAGAAGAGUUCAAGUAAUAUCAAAGCUUCACUUGAUCCUUCGGCCAUUUCUCCUCAGAAGACUGAAGGAAGAGGUAGAACAGAACCUUCCAAAGAAAAAGGAAAUAAUCUUAUAUGCAAAUAUGACUGAACAUCAAAAACAGAUCCAAGAUCAUUUAGUCAAUAAGACACUUGAGGCUUACCUGCAGAGUAAGGCAGAGAGAGGCACAGGCAUGAAAACUAAGCUAAACAAUUUGAUGAUUCAACUGAGAAAGAACUGCAACCAUCCUGAUCUGUUGGAAUCACAGUUUGAUCAAUCGAUUGAAUAUCCACCAGUGGAUCAGUUGGUUGAGCAGUGUGGUAAAUUUGGCUUGUUGGACAGACUUGUACUGCAUUUGAAAGCUCGAGAACAUAAGAUUUUGAUUUUUUCUCAAUUCACUAAAGUUCUAGACUUGCUGGAAUACUAUCUGUAUGAGAGAGGACAUGAAGUGUGUCGAAUUGAUGGAGGAGUUAAAUUGGAAGAUCGGAAAAAGCAGAUUAAUGAUUUCAAUGAUCCAGAAAGCAAAUUUCACAUCUUUUUGCUAAGCACGCGAGCUGGUGGGCUUGGGAUCAAUCUCACUUCUGCAGAUACUUGUAUAAUUUAUGAUAGUGACUGGAAUCCUCAAAUGGAUUUGCAAGCAAUGGACCGUUGCCACAGGAUUGGACAAACAAAGCCUGUACAUGUCUACAGGCUUGUCACAGCUCACUCUGUGGAGGGUCGCAUGCUUAAAGUAGCAUUUGGCAAGCUAAAGCUGGAACACUUGGUUAUUGAGAAAGGGCAAUUUUGUCAAGAACGAGUUACCAAUACACUAGAGGAAGCAGAUUUAAUUGCUUUGCUUAAGCAAGAAAAGGAUGAAGAAGAGGAACUUAUACAGACUGAAAUUGAUGAUGCUAAUCUUUUACGUCUCUUGAACCGAUCUGACAUGCUAAAGGAUUCUGCAGGAAAUGAUAAGGCAAGCUCUGACGCUCUCCCAUUAAAGGGGCCUGGUUGGGAGAUAGUAGUACGUAGUGGAAAAGGUGGGAGUGUGCUGUCAUCUAUUGAAGGCUAUCGGCAAUUUACUGGCACAAAUGAGCAACAUACUGACUAAAUAAUAAGUGGCUUGUUGCUCAUUUGUUUUUGUAUCCAUCUACCAUCAAGUUUACUUAGACAGAUUUUUGUUCCCAGCCGUAUUUAUUAUGUUUCUGUGGGAGAAUUUUUGUUAUCCAUGAGAGCUGUGGAUUAGUGUUUGAGCAUAGCAAAUGGAUGAUUUCGCAUGAAAACUGAAAAGACAGUAGUCUGAAUUUUAAGCCCCAAGCUGAUGCUCAAGUUUUUAAACAGCUAGGACAUGUAACAUAUUUCUUGGCAUUACUUGACUGGAAAGAUCACAGCUUAUCAGCUGUGUAGUUUUCUGUUUGUUCUUUGACGGCAGAGGACAUAUCUUGACGUGAAUGUAAUGGGCUUCGAGCAAUUUUGUAUUAUUGAUAUUUUUGUGGGGUCUUCUUAAAUGCAAAUAUUCUUGCUACCUCCGCCUUAUUUCAA